CUUUCUCAGCCACUAUCUUCUUCUCCUUCCACGAUUUUUAUCAGAAACCCUUCAAUUCAUAUCCAUACCUGAAAAGAUGGCCGCGGAGACUCUUCCGCUCCCGAACGGCGUCGUUGCAAACGGAGAUCUGGGAUCAAACCCUAACUCCAGCGCUGCUAAGAAGUCGCGCGAGAGCGAUCGGCGUCGUCGUCGGCGGAAGCAGAAGAAGAACAACAAGGCCUCUCAGGCGGCGGACCCGUCCUCCGUCUACGAUAACGACGCUGAGGAUGAAGAUGACAAGGAGAAUAACGAUACUCAACAGAUUGUUGUUAAAGUGGAGUAUGUGCCGGAGCAGGCAGAGUUUGAUGAUAGUAUGUAUGAAGAAUUUAAGCAAAUUUUUGAUAGAUUCAAUUUCCAUGAAGCUGCCGGAACUGAGGAGGAUGAUAAAAAGGACGAGUCUGCCCUAAAUGCAGCAUUGAGCAAGAAGUCUGACUCAGACUCAGAAGAGGAAGAACAGGAUAACCAACAAAAAGAGAAAGGCGUGUCAAAUAAGAAGAAAAAGCUUCAACGGCGGAUGAAGAUUGCUGAAUUGAAGCAAAUUUGCUCUAGGCCUGAUGUUGUUGAGGUGUGGGAUGCAACUGCUGCAGACCCGAAGUUACUAGUGUUUUUGAAAUCAUACCGAAAUUCUGUGCCUGUCCCUAGGCAUUGGUGUCAGAAAAGGAAAUUUUUGCAGGGAAAGCGUGGUAUUGAGAAACAGCCUUUUCAGCUUCCUGAUUUUAUUGCUGCAACAGGAAUUGAGAAAAUCAGACAGGCUUACAUUGAAAAGGAGGAUAGUAAGAAGUUAAAGCAGAAGCAACGGGAGCGGAUGCAGCCGAAGAUGGGAAAGAUGGAUAUUGACUAUCAGGUUCUCCAUGAUGCUUUUUUUAAAUACCAAACUAAGCCAAAGCUUACAAGUCUUGGAGAUCUGUAUCAUGAAGGCAAAGAGUUUGAGGUGAAGUUAAGGGAAAUGAAGCCAGGCAUGCUGUCGCAAGAACUAAAAGAAGCUCUUGGUAUGCCAGAGGGUGCUCCUCCCCCAUGGCUUAUCAAUAUGCAGAGAUACGGUCCUCCACCAUCAUACCCACAUCUGAAAAUUCCUGGGCUGAAUGCUCCUAUCCCUCCUGGAGCUAGCUUUGGUUACCAUCCUGGUGGCUGGGGCAAGCCUCCUGUCGAUGAACUUGGACGUCCUUUAUAUGGAGAUGUGUUCGGUGUUCAUCAACAAGAACAGCCUAACUAUGAGGAAGAGCCAGUUGAUAAGACCAAGCAUUGGGGUGAUUUGGAGGAAGAGGAAGAGGAAGAGGAAGAAGAGGAAGAGGAAGAACAGAUUGAGGAAGAAGAAUUAGAGGACGGCAUUCAAUCUGUAGAUAGCCUUUCAAGUACUCCUACCGGUGUGGAGACACCUGAUGUUAUUGACCUUCGAAAGCAGCAGAGGAAGGAACCUGAGAGGCCUCUUUACCAAGUACUUGAAGAAAAAGAAGAGAAAAUUGCUCCUGGGACUCUGCUUGGAACAACACACACAUACGUUGUUAACACUGGAACCCAAGACAAGACAGCUGCCAAAAGGGUUGAUCUGCUUAGAGGUCAGAAAUCAGAUAAAGUGGAUGUCACUCUACAACCAGAAGAGUUGGAACUCAUGGAUAAUGUUUUGCCAGCGAAGUACGAGGAAGCAAGAGAGGAAGAGAAGCAGCGGAGUCAGCGGGAAGAUUUCAGUGACAUGGUUGCAGAGAAUGAGAAGAAAAGGAAGCGGAAGAUGCAAGACAAGGACGGGAAAUCAAAGAAGAAGGAUUUCAAGUUCUAGGGCACGUCGAAAUUGCAUUUCUGAUACGAUGGCUGGCACGGCCAUCAUGUUUUUGCUUGAAGCUGGCAUUAUUUUUACAAGGGGAGUUGUGGAAUGUAUUUACCAAUUUGUUUUGGAGCUCUCCGUUUGCUGACAUGUUAUACACAGCUUUCUAGUAAUGAUGACCAGUCUUAGGUGUAUGACAUAAAUUUUGCCACUAAUCUUGACAUGGUAUGAUGGAUUGAGAGGGAUGGUCCUGAUCCAAAUAAUUUCUGUACUAGUUGCAGUUCCUACCUGUAGGUGCUGUGCACUGACCUCAUGGAAAAAUACUAUGGGCCUUCUGAUUGA